AGGAUGGAUCAGCCAACGAGCACACAGACGCCGCACCAACACGAGCCCAUCAGCUUCGGGAUUGAUCAGAUCUUGAACACUUCGGAUCAGGAGACCCCUGCCCAGGCCGCCACGCGAGGCUCCGACGGCGGGUCCAGCUACCUGGGCAGCCCCGUCAGCCGCCCCAGCGCCCCGUAUCCUUCCCUGCCGGGCUCCUUCCCGGGCCUGGGGGGCCCCUUCGAGGACGCGGGAUCUUACAGUGUCAACCUCAGCUUGGCCCCAUCUGGCGUGAUCCGGGUGCCAGCCCAUCGACCCAUCCCUGGGGCCGUGCCGCCGCCCAUUUCCAGCGCCAUCCCAGCCAUGCCAGCUGUACCCGGCCUUGGCAGCCUCAACUUCCCUUGGAUGGAGAGCAGCAGGCGCUUCGUCAAGGACAGAUUCACAGCGGCAGCGGCGCUCACCCCCUUCACGGUGACGCGGCGGAUCGGGCACCCCUACCAGAACCGCACCCCGCCCAAGCGCAAGAAGCCGCGCACCUCCUUCUCCCGGGUGCAGAUCUGCGAGCUGGAGAAGCGCUUCCACCGGCAGAAGUACCUGGCCUCGGCCGAGAGGGCGGCGCUCGCCAAGUCGCUCAAGAUGACCGACGCCCAAGUCAAGACCUGGUUUCAGAACCGGCGGACCAAGUGGCGGCGGCAGACGGCGGAGGAGCGGGAGGCCGAGCGGCAGCAGGCCAGCCGGCUGAUGCUGCAGCUCCAGCACGACGCCUUCCAGAAGUCCCUCAACGACUCCAUCCAGCCCGACCCGCUCUGCCUGCACAACUCUUCCCUCUUCGCCCUGCAGAACCUCCAGCCCUGGGAGGAGGAGAACGCCAAGAUCCCGCCCGUCACCUCGCUGGUGUGAAGA